GUACGCGAAGGAAAUAAAAUUACUAGUUGGCAGGUAUAUAUAAAGGAGUAGGAUGUUUAGGUUUCUAUCUCUUCUCCUUGAAGAUAUAUAGAGAUUGAUAGGAGAGGAAUAGAGGAAAGUGAGUAUUAGUGUGAGGAGUCGCGAUCGAUGGAAGAACAUCUCAGUUCAUUAGCUGUUACUCAUCUCCUUCAACACACCCUACGAAGUCUGUGCAUUCAUGAAAAUUCUCAGUGGGUUUAUGCAGUCUUCUGGAGGAUCCUACCCAGAAAUUACCCCCCACCCAAAUGGGAUGGUCAAGGAGCAUACGAAAGGUCAAGAGGGAACAGAAGAAACUGGAUAUUGGUCUGGGAAGAUGGUUUCUGCAAUUUUCCUGCCUCAUCAGCGGCUGAGACAAAUUCGGUCGAUUUUCCUGGCUCAUCCGUUUAUGGCAACUGUGAGUUUCAACACUACCAAGGGCUGCAACCAGAGCUCUUUUUCAAGAUGUCCCAUGAGAUCUACAACUAUGGAGAAGGUUUGAUAGGAAAAGUGGCUGCAGAUCACAGUCAUAAGUGGAUAUACAAAGAACCAAAUGACCAAGAACUCAAUCUCUUGUCAGCAUGGCACAACUCAGCCGAUUCGCACCCUAGGACAUGGGAAGCCCAGUUCCAGUCCGGUAUAAAGACCAUAGCGCUGAUUGCAGUUAGAGAAGGUGUUAUUCAGUUAGGAGCCAUCCACAAGGUGAUUGAAGACCUAAGCUACGUAGUUCUACUAAGAAAGAAAUUCAGCUACAUUGAAAGCAUUCCGGGCGUGCUUUUACCCCAUCCAUCUUCCUCCGCAUUCCCCUUCAAACUCGAUGGAUACAGCACCCCGGAAACAUGGCAGUUCCAAGGCACUCUUGCACCCCCAACUGAAUUCUAUGACCAAUACAAUCAGCCUUUGAAAAUAACGCCUUCCAUGAGCAGCCUCGAAGCUCUUCUCUCAAAGCUUCCCUCAGUUGUGCCGCCCACUGCACCGCCACAGUCACAGUUUAUGUCAUCUCAGAGGCCAUUGGGAUUUAUUGGAAUGGAAAAAGUGGCCAAGGAGGAGAUUGAUGAGGAAGUAUAUAGCCCCGAACUAGAAGUGGGUGAGAGCAGCAGUUCCAUAGCGGCGGCCUAUCGUCGACAACAGAAUUUCCGUCAGAACCAAGAUCAGAAUGUAACAAGCAGCGGCCCCAACAACAAUAAUAUUGGAUUUUAAGACUGGUACCACUUGAUGAUUUUCUUAGAUUGUUUAGGAAUCAGGGGCUUGAUUAAUUUCUAACGCUUUUCAGCAAGCUAUCUUUUUGGUUUCAGUAUUGUUGUUGGGUGUCUCGACUAGGCCAGGCUUUAGCCUUCAGCUUUCCAGCUCGUUAUUGUGAAUGCACAACACUUAAGUCCCCCCUAGCUAGUAUGAUAUGUAGUUGGAAGAGUCUUCCAGUUCUUUUGAAUGAGCAUUACAUAUUUCUAUC